AUACGGACACACACACGAGUUUACCAGUCAUAUAAUUCGUCAUGACCACAGACAUUAAUAUUAUAACCAUGACGAAGUGAAUAGCUGUCAUCCCCCUCUUUCUCGUGCUUUCCCCUGAUAUAUUCAUUAUUUAUUGUAUUAUCCUAUAUGCUGUUAAGUGUGAGAAAAUCGACACACUGUAACUCGAGGGGUUAGCUUGUAGCAGCGUUACGUUGCAGUUUCGUGCUCCUUUUUUACGUUACGCUCGAGCGAAAAGAUUUCUUUUUUCUCUCUCUUUUUCGUACAAAUACAUUUAAUCCGAUGAUGUUUACACUGCGCGUCGUGAGUGCUGCGUGCCACAUCGUAUAACCUCCAAAGCAGUGCGUGACAACAAUUUUUAUCGUGUUCUUUAUAGAUUUUCUCCGUUUUACAAAGCUAUGGCGGGAUGUUACGACAAGCUGUCGUGGACGGAAGUGCGAGAUUUAUUGAGAACUUGGAGAGAAGAUUCUGAGCGCCGAAGUAAAGAUGUAGUAGACUUUUGGGAAAAUACAUUGAUGGGAAAGAUUGAUCGUUUAGGCAAUGAAAAGUAUCUGGUUCUGGAACAAGUAUGUGUAGCUGCAUUGGACUGUUAUCGAUUACCAUUAGCUGAAUACUGCAUUAAAAUUUUAAUGCGUGCAUUUCCUGGCAGUUUACGCGUUCACAAAUACCAUGCUAUGCAUUUAGAAGCAUUAGAAAUGUACGAUGAGGCAAUGGAAGUUUUGGAUUCUAUUAUAAAAAGAGAUGAGACCAAUGCAGCACCAAGAAAACGUCGUGUUGCCAUUUUAAAAGCUCGUGGACGUAUUCCAGAAGCAAUUAAAGAGCUUACAGAGUAUCUGAAAAGAUUUAUGAGUGAUCAAGAAGCAUGGCACGAGCUGUGUGACUUAUAUUUACAAGAACAGGAAUAUUCUAAAGCAGCUUAUUGCAUGGAAGAACUUAUAUUGCAUAAUCCACACAGUCAUUUAAUUUAUCAAAGAUAUGCGGAAAUAAAAUAUUCUCAGGGUGGAUUUGAUAACAUGGAACUAGCAAAAGCUUACUUUUGCCAAGCUGCGAAAUUAAAUCCAAAUAAUAUUAGAGCUCUAUAUGGUUUGUUAUUAACAACAAAUAAUAUUGCGACAUCACCUAAAUGCCCUUCAUCCAAGAAAAAAGAAGCAAUGAAACUAAGUGAGUGGGCUAGUAAACAAAUUGAGAAACAAUAUGAAAGUAAAGUUUCAAAUGAAGAUAUUAAAAACGUAGAACGUCUACUAGGACAAUUGCAACUUGAAGCUUAGGUAAUUUUACCAAUGUCCAUGUACAAUUGUAUAUGUUGAUACAUUAGUUAAUUCAUCUAUUAGUAUCGUCGAGUUUCAAAUGCACAAUACGUAAAUAUCUGCUGAAUAUACAUUCGUAUUUCUAUACAUUAUUGUAUAUUGUAUUAAGUAAAUGAUGAUAAUUAUUAAUCCUUUGUAAUUGUGAUCACUUGCAAUUCUCUGUAACUCUGUUUAAUAUCAUCGUUAUUACAUUGUUAAUUAUUAUCGGUUAUAUUAUACAUAUUUAUGCAAUAAAAAAUGGCGUUGGAUAGAAAGGA